CUUUUAACUUAGCUAUAAGCAGGAUGCUAACAGCUCGUCUCUUGUUUCUAUUGCCGUCUUCCUAUCUGCUGCCGUCCGGUGCGUGUGUAUUACCAUGGCAUUCAAAGCCAUAUGUCGAGCGGACACUUUUAAAUACCUCAUUGGUCCAUGCAAAACCACGUUAAACUUCGAUAAGCGUUCAUUGAGUAAGACGAGUAGUUGCUACUUUUCGACUUCCAGCCAGAGAAGUUCAAAGUUCUACUCUGAUCCUACAGAGGCAGUCAAAGACAUCCCAAAUGGGGCGACUGUACUUGUUGGAGGUUUUGGAUUAUGUGGCAUCCCGGAGAAUCUCAUCAUCAGUUUACUGAAGACCGGUGUGAAAGGUCUUACUGCAGUCAGCAACAAUGCAGGUGUGGAUAACUUUGGACUCGGCCUGCUUCUUCAGACCAAGCAGAUCAAAAGGAUGAUCUCCUCCUACGUCGGGGAGAAUGCCGAGUUUUGAACGCAGUAUUUAUCAGGGGAGUUGGAGGUGGAACUCACUCCACAGGGCACCUUAGCGGAGAGAAUCCGAGCCGGAGGGGCAGGGAUUCCCGCCUUUUUCACUGCGACUGGCUACGGCACGCUGAUCCAGGAAGGAGGCUCUCCUAUAAAGUACAACAAGGAUGGCAGUAUCGCCAUUGCUAGUGAAAAAAGAGAGGUGCAGGAGUUUAAUGGCAGACACUACAUCAUGGAGAAGGCCAUCAUUGGAGACUUUGCUCUGAUCAAGGCAUGGAAAGCUGACAGGGCUGGAAACAUUGUGUUCAGGAAAACUGCUCGAAACUUCAACCAGCCCAUGUGCAAGGCAGCCAAAACCACAAUCGUUGAGGUAGAAGAAGUGGUGGACGUCGGUACUUUUGCCGCGGAAGACAUCCACAUCCCCAGCAUCUACGUCCACAGGGUUGUCCAGGGAGGCAGCUAUGAAAAAAGAAUCGAGAAACGCACAAUAAAGAAACCCCAAGAGGAGAAGCCCAAACCAAAAAAGGAUUCCGAUAUUGUCCGUGAAAGGAUCAUCCGUCGUGCAGCUUUGGAGUUUGAAGAUGGGAUGUACGCUAACCUCGGUAUUGGCAUCCCAAUGUUAGCCAGCAAUUUCAUUAAGCCAGACAUCACUGUGCAUCUGCAAAGCGAAAAUGGAAUUUUAGGACUGGGCCCAUACCCAACAGACGCUGAUGUAGACGCAGACCUGAUUAAUGCAGGAAAGGAGACUGUCACAGUGCUUCCCGGAGCUGCCUACUUCUCCAGCGAUGAGUCAUUUGCCAUGAUCCGAGGGGGCCACAUCAACCUGACGAUGCUCGGAGCCAUGCAAGUUUCAAAGUAUGGAGACCUAGCCAAUUGGAUGAUCCCGGGCAAGAUGGUGAAGGGAAUGGGUGGAGCCAUGGACUUGGUGGCCAGCGCCGGAACCAAGGUGGUGGUCACCAUGGAGCACUCAGCAAAGGGAGGUAAACACAAGAUAUUGGACAAGUGCCUUCUGCCUCUGACUGGGAAACAGUGUGUGGACCGAAUCAUUACAGAGAAGGCGGUCUUUGAUGUGGAUAAGGCUAAAGGGCUGACUCUUAUAGAAGUGUGGGAGGGAAUCACUCCAGACGACAUCAAGGGGUGCACUGGUGCCGACUUUGAGGUGUCCCCCAACCUGAGACCCAUGCAGCAAAUCUAGAAGUGAAUCUCUGUCUUCUAGACAGGCCAAAGUUAUGUUGAAGUGAUUCUUGAUAAGCUGACUUGACCAAUCCGCAAGAGUAGUCGUCAAAGAAGAAGCUUGCUGCUGUAAGUUAUUAAUUUGAGAGUGGCUUCAAAACGUAAUUCCCCCUGUAGUGGCCGUCCCUCUCCAGCAUAGACGUCAGCUGCGUCAUCCUCCAAAAGGCAAGUAAACACCUCCCCACCAAUAAGCUUCUCAGGAGUUCCGAUAUUAUUCACACGCGGACGUUGAAGAAUCCCCUGCUGUUUGAAUCUUUUGCUAACCAAAACAGCAGCACUGUAGAUUCCUUGCCUGGUAGACAAAACAUGUUCUCACGCCACAAUGGUGCUUUUUAUCUUUCUGUUUCUUUUCCUUUCUACCAAGUCUUUAUCCUUUAAUUUAAAGUCGAAUUUCACUUGUCAUCACUGUAAUCGAUUGUUAACAGUGAAUAAACCCCUCACGGCCACCAUUUGCAAAAUUACAAUGUUCUUUUUGCUCUCUUUCAUCCGGUGCAAUAACUUUCCUUUUAGGAGUCCUCGUUACUAUAAAAUCAUCUUGUUACUAAAAAUGGGAAUUUUGAAGCAAUUUAUGUCAGGUCCUCACCCAGCAUAUAACAAAAUGUCAAUAUAAACUCAGAUUGGAUCAUGUGGCCAUAAAACAGCUUUUUGUUACUUUUUUGAAAAUACCACAAGAGAAAACAUAAAGAUGCCUUCAUGUUUUUUUACUCAUACAUCUGCAUUUCCCUUGCUUUUGUACAAGCAAUAAAAUGCAAUAUUGGAUGCUAUGCUGAA